CUUUGAUUGGAGUCUAAGGUUUUCCAUGGAAGCUUCUUCACUUGAUAACAGCAGCACACACAGUACCAAUUAGAGUGAACUACAAUAACUCAGUAAGAGAGUAAAAGACCAUAGUGGGAGAAUGAGAGAGAGAGAAAAGUAAGAGAGAGUGAGAUCCACCACCACUCCCCACAUCUUUCUCUCUCUAAAAACCAUUACUUUCUUUCUUUUCACUGAUCUUUGAAUCUGGGUCAGUGUGGUGGGUGAAUCAUGACUAGGGUUUUUUCUCAGAGCUGAGGAGUGGUUGUUGUUGUUGUUGUUUCUGGUGGAGCAGCUUCUUUGGAUGGCGAGAAAAUGAGAGGGAAAAAAUGUGGGUUUGGUGGAAAUGUGUGUAAUGAGUUGAGGGUAUGAGUAAAGGAGAUAUUUUGAGAGAUGGGGUGUGUGUUUGGGAGACAGUCAUCACAAAAGUCCGGUGCGGCGGCAGAAGGGGAAGCGGCGGCGGAGGGGAGAGAGAGGAGAGAGGAAGUGAGGGAAGCAAAAGCAGAAGUGGUUGUUGAGACUCAGAAUGGUGGUGGUGGUGGUGGUGGAGAAGAGAAGAGGAGUUCAAGGCAAAGAGGUGAGAGGAGAAGAUCUUCAAAACCAAAUCCAAGACUGAGUAAUCCACCAAACAAUGUUCAUGGUGAGCAGGUGGCAGCAGGGUGGCCCUCUUGGCUUUCCAAGGUUGCUGGUGAAGCCAUCAAUGGAUUGACCCCUAGGAGAGCUGACACUUUUGAGAAGCUUGAUAAGAUUGGGCAAGGUACAUACAGCAAUGUUUACAAGGCUAGGGAUACCUUAACGGGAAAGAUUGUUGCCCUAAAGAAAGUCCGUUUCGACAAUUUGGAGCCCGAGAGUGUGAAAUUCAUGGCCAGGGAGAUUCUGAUUCUGCGUCGCCUGGAUCAUCCCAAUGUCGUCAAAUUGGAAGGUCUAGUGACUUCUAGAAUGUCAUGUAGCUUAUAUCUUGUCUUCGAAUACAUGGUGCAUGAUUUGGCUGGACUCGCUACAAAUCCAGCGAUUAAGUUCACAGAGCCUCAGGUUAAAUGUUACAUGCAGCAACUAUUUUCGGGGCUGGAACAUUGUCACAACCGUCAUGUGCUGCAUCGUGAUAUAAAGGGAUCAAACCUUCUUAUUGACAAUGAUGGAGUUCUUAAAAUUGCUGAUUUUGGAUUAGCAUCGUUCUUUGAUCCUCAUCACAAGCAUCCUAUGACCAGUAGAGUGGUGACGUUAUGGUAUCGUCCUCCCGAACUUCUUCUCGGGGCCACCGAAUAUGGUGUCGGAGUGGACCUUUGGAGUGCUGGCUGCAUUCUUGCUGAAUUGUUGGCCGGAAAGCCAAUUAUGCCUGGUCGAACAGAGGUGGAACAGCUACAUAAGAUAUUUAAGCUAUGUGGUUCUCCUUCUGAUGAAUAUUGGAAAAAAUCAAAGUUGCCACAUGCAACAAUUUUUAAACCCCAACAAUCGUACAAGCGGUGCAUAGCAGAUACUUUUAAAGAUUUUCCGCCGUCAUCCCUUCCACUUAUUGAGACCCUUCUUGCAAUCGAUCCAGCAGAGCGUCUGACUGCCACUGCUGCAUUGCAUAGUGAAUUCUUUACAACAAAACCUUAUGCUUGUGAUCCCUCAAGUCUUCCAAAAUAUCCUCCCAGCAAGGAGAUGGAUGCAAAACUACGUGAUGAAGAAGCUAGAAGAUUGAGAGCAGCUGGUAAAGCUAAUGCUGAUGGUGUCAAGAAAUCCCGACCACGUGAUAGAAUUGGCAGGGGAAUUCCAGUUCCAGAGGCUAAUGCUGAAUUGCAAGCAAAUAUUGAUAGACGGAGACAGAUAACACAUGCGAACGCAAAGAGCAAGAGUGAGAAGUUCCCCCCUCCCCACCAAGAUGGAACUCUAGGCUAUCCAUUGGGUUCUUCGCAUCACAUGGAUCCGGUAUUUGAUCCUCCCGAUGUUCCGUUUAGUUCCACGAACUUCUCACAACCGAAAUCAAGUAUGCAAACGUGGUCUGGCCCCUUGGUAGAAUCUGCCGGCGGCGGUGCACCGAGAAGAAAGAAAAAACACGGUAGGUGACCGGUCGGAGGCAUAUCGGCAUAUACACUCAAAAACAUCUCAAAGGAGGACUCAAACACACAAUUGUGUGAGGAUUCAAAGAGAAAGAUUCUUGUAGUAUAACACCAAAUCAUUUUUUAGGAGUAUCCAUGAAGUUGGUAACAAAGCCACUAGAUCAGAGGUUUAUUCUCUAUCUUGUAUAUCUUAUUAAUAUUAAUAUUAUUAUUAUUUAUUAUUAAUUUUUUCCCCUUUCUUAA